AGUAAUUCAGAUUAAAUUGAAGACAGCAAAGUGUACGGGCGAUCGGAUAGUCGCGAGCUAACGUGAAUUAAGAAACAGGAACGGUAUCGUUUGCCACGGUGAGCCACGCACGAGGGAUCACCAGUUUUUACGCUCGUUCACGGAUAAACAGGUUCCGUCACUGUUUCCAAAACAGUGGAAGAUAAACGGACGCGGCAGAAUGACGAAGUCUGAGAAUAUAUUCUUGUUCGUACCCAACAUCAUUGGCUACGGCAGAGUGAUCCUGGCCAUUAUAUCUUUCUACUUCAUGACAACUAAUCACGUUAUCGCAUUGUGGUGUUACAUUAUUAGUGCACUGUUAGAUGCAGUGGAUGGUCAUGCAGCGAGAUAUUUUAAUCAGGGCACCAAGUUUGGUGCCAUGCUAGAUCAGUUGACUGAUCGUGUCGGUACCAUGUGUCUCUUAGCCACACUGUGCAUAUUUUAUCCAUCGUACUCGUUUUGGUUUCAACUGAGCAUGGCCAUCGACAUUAGCUGCCACUGGAUAUAUUUGCAUACAUCUAUUCUACAAGGAAAAACGAGUCAUAAGUUCGUCGAUAUGUCUGAGAAUCCAAUUAUGAGAGUGUAUUACACUAAUCGUACAGUCUUGUUUUUGAUGUGCGCUGGCAACGAAGCCUUUUACGCUGCACUGUACCUGCUCUACUUCACCGAAGGACCUACAAUUCUCGGUAUAAGUUUAUUCAGGCUGGUCAUGUAUCUAUCCGCGCCAGUGGCGUUUGUCAAAUCUGGCAUCUCUUUGUUACACGGAUACGUGGCCUGCCUGAAUCUGAGCAUAAUCGAUCUCAAAGAGAGACAAGAACGUCCGAAGAUCAAUUGAAUCGUCCUAUCCGAUAUCUCAAAUUAAAUGUGAUAGAUCGAUCUUCCUUAUUUUAAUAUCCGUCAUAUGCAAAUAUAUAUGUACACAUUUUUACUAGCUGAUCCAUUUGAACGUGCCAGAUACCUCGAACUAAAUAGAGUCGACGAACUAUUUUAAUAUAAAGUGGACAUACUUGGUGCUAGUCAAUGUUUCAUUCCUAUGUUGUCAACAAGCAUGUUGUGAGCAUUUUACUUUCUAAUAAGAUUCUACGCUAGUUAAGGAAAAGACUUCAUCAGUUGUACUCGACCGUAUUUUUCUAUUUAGUCAACUCUUUUUAUACAUUUAAAUAAUGUACGCGUGAUUUAAAUUGUGAUUUGUUUUUUUUAAUCGUUUUUGUAGAAUGUAUACCGUAGGGGGGACACUGAUGAAAUAUGUUGAUUUUCGAAUAUUUUAAUGUACGCUAGCAAAAUCUACUCGAUCCUCCAUAAUCUUAUAGUGUUAUACUUUUGCUGUACUUCAUAGUUUAUUGUAUAUCGAUGUCUCUUUAAUGUAUAAAGCCUGUUUCAAAACG